CAGGGCUUGAACAGCAAUGGUACCAGCAUGAUAUCAUUGAUCAUUCCCCCCAAAGACCAGAUUUCACGAGUGGCAAAAAUGUUAGCGGACGAGUUCGGCACCGCCUCCAACAUCAAGUCCCGCGUGAAUCGCCUUUCAGUGCUGGGAGCCAUUACAUCUGUACAGCAAAGACUGAAACUCUAUAACAAAGUACCUCCAAAUGGUCUGGUUGUUUACUGUGGGACAAUUGUGACAGAAGAAGGAAAAGAGAAGAAAGUGAACAUUGACUUUGAACCUUUUAAACCAAUCAAUACGUCGUUGUAUUUGUGUGACAACAAAUUUCACACAGAGGCUCUCACAGCGCUGCUCUCCGACGACAGCAAGUUUGGCUUUAUUGUAAUAGAUGGUAGUGGUGCACUCUUUGGAACUCUUCAAGGAAACACAAGAGAAGUCCUGCACAAAUUCACUGUGGAUCUUCCAAAGAAGCACGGUAGAGGAGGUCAGUCUGCCUUGCGCUUCGCUCGCUUGCGGAUGGAGAAGCGACACAACUACGUGAGGAAGGUGGCGGAGACGGCUGUGCAGCUCUUCAUCUCUGGCGACAAGGUGAACGUGGCUGGUCUCGUUUUAGCUGGAUCAGCUGACUUCAAAACUGAAUUAAGUCAAUCUGACAUGUUUGACCAGCGGUUGCAAUCCAAAGUGCUCAAACUAGUUGACAUUUCAUACGGAGGAGAAAAUGGAUUCAAUCAAGCAAUUGAGUUGUCAACUGAGGUCCUCUCCAAUGUGAAAUUCAUUCAAGAGAAGAAACUAAUAGGACGAUACUUCGACGAAAUCAGUCAGGACACGGGCAAGUACUGUUUCGGCGUCGAAGAUACACUAAAAGCUUUGGAAAUGGGAGCAGUAGAAAUCCUGAUAGUCUAUGAAAAUCUGGAUAUAAUGAGAUACGUUCUGCACUGCCAAGGCACGGAGGAGGAGAAGAUCCUGUAUUUGACACCAGAGCAAGAAAAGGAUAAAUCCCACUUCACAGACAAAGAGACCGGCCAGGAACAUGAACUGAUAGAAAGUAUGCCCCUUCUGGAGUGGUUUGCAAACAACUACAAGAAAUUUGGAGCAACAUUGGAAAUUGUUACAGACAAAUCACAGGAAGGAUCCCAAUUUGUGAAAGGAUUUGGAGGAAUUGGAGGUAUCUUGCGGUACCGAGUGGACUUCCAGGGAAUGGAAUACCAAGGAGGAGACGAUGAAUUUUUUGACCUUGAUGACUACUAGGUAGUCGACCUGGGUCCGGCAAAACGUGCCUCGCCCCUCCAGCAUCCAACCCAAGGAGCAAACUCAUGGUGGAAAACACAACAGAUCCCUGCCUUAGAAUUGGAACAUUUCCAGAACUUGAUCCACAAGCAUUGGAUUUAAAAAAGCAAAACCCUACACUUUGAUUUGUCAUAGUGUCAGUACAGCAGCAAGCUACUAAGUUCCUAUAUGCCACUUUGGACUAAUUUAAAAAGAAUCCCAGUUUUUACUUUUACUCAAUGGUGAAAUUGGUUGCUCUUGUAUUUUACGAAAAUGAUUUUUUUAACCUUCAUGAUACAUUAACUGCUGUAAACCUCUUCCUUCAAAAUUUAAUAGAAAUAAGAUCCUACUGGUUUGUUUCUUUCUACUUUGAUUGGAGAAAUCAGUCGCUGCAUUUGGCAGCAGCCUGACCCAUUUACAUGGCAUUCUCAGCUUAGACUGCAGAAGAAGAAACGUAAGGAAAUUGGAGCCGUUCAUUCUCUUCAAAAGAAUGAGAAGGCAUUAGCUGGAGUGCUGGCUUCUAACGUGUGGCUUGUAAAUUCAGGGGGUUUGGGGAGGCUUACCAGCCAAACGUGCUUUAAUCUAUUUGCAGAAGCGCUGCUCUCACAAACUAGGAAAUAAAUGCACUUCAUUGAUUGCAAUGAAAAUGC